UCGUAGGCUCAGCUGCAUUUGAGAACAAGAGAGACUUUCUGCACCAGUGUGUGGACACUGCACAAGGCUUACCCCGGGUCUGUCUACACGUUCAAGCAGCCACUGUUGGGCCCAGGAAUGCGCGUGCCAGUCCUAGGUCUUCUGUUGAGAAGACAUCUGAUUCAAUGAGGAUGCCGUUCACGAAGAGAGGAAACCACAUAGCAGCAGCAGUUCUGAGGAGGAACAGGGGCUGGGAUGCAGAUGGAAAAGGCCCUUGUGCCUGGGACACAUUCACCCAUCAAGGAGGAGAGAGAGUUUUCAAGAACCAGACUGGCGAUGUAGCUUGUAGCAGCUACACUCUGUGGGAGGAAGAUUUGAAAUGUAUCAAACAGCUUGGACUGACUCAUUACCGCUUCUCUCUUUCCUGGUCACGUCUGUUACCUGAUGGGACGACAGGUUUCAUCAACCAGAAAGGAGUUGAUUAUUACAACAAGAUCAUUGACGACUUGUUAAAAAAUGGGAUUACACCCAUAGUGACACUUUUCCAUUUUGAUAUGCCUCAGGCUUUAGAAGACCAAGGAGGUUGGUUGUCAGAGGCCACCAUUGAAAUCUUUGUCAGAUAUGCUCGGUUUUGCUUCAGUACCUUUGGGGAUCGAGUCAAGCAUUGGAUUACCAUGAAUGAGCCUAAUGUUUUUGCCCUGGUGGCCUAUGACCUAGGUCAUUUCCCCCCUGGGGUACCCCAUCUUGGGACUGGAGGUUAUCAGGCAGCACAUAAUUUGAUUAAGGCUCAUGCCAGAUCCUGGCACACUUAUGAUUCCUUAUUCCGAAAAGAGCAAAAGGGUGUGGUGUCCCUAUCACUUUUUGCUGCCUGGUUGGAACCAGCAGAUUCCAACUCAGUGUCUGACCAAGAAGCUACUAAAAGAGCCCUUGCUUUCGAGGUGGGCUUAUUUGCUAAACCCAUAUUCAUCGAUGGUGAUUAUCCCGAUGUCGUCAAGUCCCAGAUAGCCUCUAUGAGUAAAAAGCAAGGUUACCCAUCAUCCAGGCUCCCUGAAUUUACAGAAGAAGAGAAGAAAAUGAUCAAAGGUACUGCUGAUUUCUUUGCUGUGCAAUAUUAUACAACCCGCUUAGUAAAGCACCAGGAGAACAAGACAGGAGAACUAUCCAUCCUCCAGGAUGUGGAGAUCGACUUUUUUGCAGAUCCAUCUUGGAGAGGUGUGCAUUGGGUCUACGUGGUACCAUGGGGCCUACGUAAACUACUGAAACACAUUAAGGAUACGUAUAAUAACCCUGUAAUUUACAUCACUGAGAAUGGAUUCCCCCAGCGUGACCCCCCAUCUCUUGAUGACACUCAGCGCUGGGAGUGUUUCAGACAGACAUUGCAGGAGCUGUGCAAAGCUAUCCAAGUUGACAAAGUCAAUCUGCAAGUAUAUUGCGCCUGGUCUCUCAUGGAUAAUUUCGAAUGGAACGACGGAUAUAGCACCCGGUUUGGCCUCUUCCAUGUUGAUUUUGAAGACCUGGAUAGACCUCGAGUCCCUUACACAUCAGCCAAGGAGUAUGCCAAGGUCAUUCGAAACAAUGGCCUGGAAGAAAAACCAUAGAAAGGAUGACUGCAUGGCAGCACCAGGAGGGGUCCUGCCUUGGUGAAGAACACUCAGACAGCCUCCACUUGCCUCUGGGAGCUUGGCAGCAACUCGUGGAUGCAAAUCUGUGAUUAUGAAAUCUGAAUACUAUUUAAAUCGAUUUUUCUAUUAAAAAAUCAGACUUGGAAAUUUUAACUUUAAUCCUUAGAUAUUUUUCUAGGAUAAAAACCACAAAAUUUGUGAAGAUACUCAUAAUUCUCUAUUGUAACACCAGAUGUCUUAUUAUAGGAAUAUUUGUUUAUGAGUCUACGUCUCAUCACAUAAGCUAUCUCAGUUGAUAAACUAUCACAUGACCCAUCAUUUUUCUACUGCCGAAUCAAACAUAAAAAGUCAAAGUUAAAAAUUAGUUGUGUGAUUUAGUUAUGUAUUCUUUUCAACAAAAGAAAUUCAUUGAUAACCUAUUUAAUGAAAUAGUUGUUCAUUUGUUUGGCCUAUUUUUACCUGUAGUUGAGCAGGUACAUUUUAUUCUCAGCUAAUGAACUUGUUAAAAAUAAUAAAAUCAAUUAGACUUUGAAUGAUGAAGAAAGUGUUUGAAUGUUGAUGUUCAUCAAAAACCAGAUUUCAAUAAGAAACAGGGUGUGGUCUCUACGUUUGUGUAUUUUCUUAAUUUUUAGGCCCUUAAAUAUAUUGGGAGAUAAACACAUUAAUUGGAUGACCAAAAUGAUUGUAUAUCAAGAUGAGAUAGGAAUUCAUUGCCUUUGUGGUUGAAAUGCCUGUGCCAUUUGUGGAGCUCGCUGGAAUUGGAAGUUCUGCCAUGGUUCUGCAGUAGGAGUCAAUAGAAGACAGAGGGCAUCCUCUAGACUCCAUAUCUCCAGCUAACUUUUCAAUAUGUGGACUUGGGACCCUUACAUCCCUAUUUCAGUAGUGUUUACUUAAACCCCAACUAUGCAUCAGGCUUGUAGUUAAGAGGUUAAAAAUUCUGCCCAUUUUACAGACAGAAACUGAAGCCCUACUGAUGUACCUCUUUCUCAAGUCACAUCAGUGCUCAUUAACUGCUCCUGGCACUUCCUUGAGAUCAACCUUAUUCCUUGUCCAGCCCACUGCAGGUUAGGGAGCUAUUAAAGUCCUGAUGAGAGGGAAAAGUAAGCAGGGGUGUGGAGUCACCUUGGACAGGAGGACAUGGGAAGGUGGUUGUCUGUAUUGUUACUGUGUCUCUCCUAGGAUGCUGCACAUACUUUGGCAUUCUUGUGAGCCUUUUGGCCAUGAGCAGACGCUAUGUCAUUUUUUCUUUUACAAGCUAUGGUCAAUUUCUGGAUCAUUUUCAUGUUCAUAAUCAGGGAAUUAUUUACAGCAAAGAACACACUCUCAGUAACUUUGGACAAAGUGAAAAAGAAAUGGUCGUAGUAGUUCAAUAAAUGUGGAUGCACUUGGGAAAAUUAUAUUAAGAUUAAAAUGGUAUGCACAGGAAAUUCCAUUACAUCUUUGCCACUGGUUUGUUAUUUUUAUUGUUCAAUGAGACAUUAUCUCACAAUUUGUGUUCAUUUAAGAAGCACAUUUCCAAAUCUUAUUUCAUUCCUCUCCUAUCCAGCCUGUCUUUUUCAUUUUUAUCAUGUAUCUUAUUUACAAUUUAUGUGCCCUCUUGUAUUAUCUUGCAAGACAGCUGAGCUUUCCU